AUAAAUGUGCCUCUCACCUCAAACCCGAGUGCGACUGUGGAAUCUUGAGGGACCAUAUCUUGCCACCCACAGCAAUCUGCCCAGUGGUGCUGACUCUGCAAACUUCAGGAGUUUCACUUCCUGAGGAUCGCCAAGGAACCAUGAACAAGGACAAUGGAUCCUCUCAGCAGGCCAACAAAGCUGGGGACAAGAACAAAAUGCAGAGAGCUAACUCAGUGACCGUGGAUGGACAAGGCCUACAGAUUACUCCAAUUCCUGGCACUCACCCACUGUUGGUUUUUGUCAACCCCAAGAGUGGUGGGAAGCAAGGAGAAAGAAUCUACAGAAAAUUUCAGUAUCUCUUAAAUCCUCGCCAGGUUUAUAGUCUUGCUACAAAUGGACCCAUGCCAGGGUUAAAUUUUUUCCGAGAUGUUCCUGACUUCAGGGUCCUGGCAUGUGGUGGAGAUGGCACAGUGGGCUGGAUUUUGGACUGCAUAGAGAAGGCAAAUAUAGUCAAGCAUCCUCCAGUUGCGAUCCUGCCUCUUGGGACUGGUAAUGACCUCGCCAGAUGCCUCAGAUGGGGAGGAGGCUAUGAAGGGGAGAGUCUGAUGAAAAUCCUCAGAGACAUUGAGAACAGCUCCCAGAUCAUGCUGGACCGAUGGAAGUUUGAGGUCACCCCAAAUGAUAAAGAUGAAAAGGGAGACCCAGUGCCUUACUCGAUCAUCAAUAACUAUUUUUCGAUUGGCGUGGAUGCCUCCAUUGCCCACAGAUUCCACAUUAUGAGAGAGAAACACCCAGAGAAAUUCAACAGCCGCCCCCACUGCAUGUUUGCCACCCCUGAUGGCAUCCAUGCAUCUGUGCGUAAGGCUGUUUGUGAAUCUGAGAUUUCCAUCAUGUUCCACAGUGAAUCCUUGUUCCUUGGCCUUGUCACUGUGGGUUCCCUGAGAGGAAAUGUUAAGUGGAGACGCUUACAGAGGAAGACUGUGCUGGGAAUCGAUGGGGAGCAGGCAGGUGUCAGGCACCUCUGUAGACGGGGCCCAGGACUGUCAUCUCGUCCUUCAGAGGCGGCUCCUCGGAAAGAGCUCAGCCUCCCCGGGAUCCAGCCUGAAGCACCCCGCUGA